AUGGCUCGCGACGUGGUCCUUGCCGCCGUGUCUUUGAUAACCGCUUCUGCGAGGAACGUGGCCCUGGCAGAGCAAGCGUAUCGGUACCAGCGCAAUGAUUCUCGAGGGAAGGGCCCAGUGCUCCUUGAGGCACUGGGCGAGUUCGGUCACGGCCUUUGGCCUUGCUUCUUCGAGGAAGAAUGGCUUCCAUCCGAAACGCCGGAUGGAACCGAGCAGGGCUACGGAUACCGUCUCUGCGGCUUAGAAAUUCUUCAGCGGAGGCCGAGCUGCAUCGUCUACUCCUUCGGCUCGAAUGACGAGUUCGACUUCGAGGACGCCAUACUGGCACGGACGAAGUGCACCGUCCGUAUCUUCGAUCCCGCCCCCAGCAAGUCGUCGCACCCUCUUGCCCCCGCAGUGCUGCCGGUGGCGCUGGGUCGCACGGACGGGCUGGAAAUGCUGCGAUGGUGGGCGCAGUCUUUGCCGACCCCUACGCCGACGAGGACGCUGCAGUCCCUGAUGCGCGAGUUCGGUGAUGAGCAGAUCGACAUUCUGAAGGUCGACAUCGAAGGUGGCGAGCAUGCGCUUGUUGGCCAGGCCUGGCCUCGCGUGGGGCAGCUCGUCAUGGAGGUGCACCUGCAACCCCGCUUCACCUUCGACAUUGGCGACCUACGGCGACUGGUGCAUGCCGCUGAGGCUGCAGACCUGCGACUUUUCCACAUCGACCGUCCCUGGAAGUACUGUGGUUGCCGCACGGCGAGCGGAGUGUGGUGA